CGCUUCUAAACCCUCACUCGAUCACACGGUAACUGCAACGAAAACAACACCGUCGAUUCGAUAUGGCCCCGAUUGCUGUUGGUGAUGUCUUGCCUGAUGGAAAGCUCGCUUACUUCGACGAGCAAGAUCAGCUCCAGGAAGUGUCCGUACACUCUCUAGCUGCCGGUAAAAAGGUCAUCCUCUUUGGUGUUCCCGGUGCCUUCACACCCACCUGCAGCUUGAAGCAUGUGCCGGGGUUUAUCGAGAAAGCAGAGGAGUUAAAAUCAAAGGGCGUUACUGAAAUUUUGUGCAUCAGCGUCAACGACCCCUUUGUGAUGAAGGCAUGGGCCAAAACUUACCCUGAGAAUAAGCAUGUCAAAUUCUUAGCUGAUGGGUCUGCAACUUACACCCAUGCUCUCGGCCUUGAGCUUGACCUGCAAGAGAAAGGGCUUGGCACACGUUCUAGGAGGUUUGCUCUCUUGGUUGAUGACCUUAAGGUGAAAGCUGCAAAUAUUGAAGGUGGUGGAGAAUUCACUGUGUCCAGUGCGGAUGAUAUCCUCAAGGAUCUUUGAAUUUCCCUUCUUGUUUGUUUCUGGGCCAUUGAGCCUUUUAGUUUCUGGACGCAAAGAAUGGCAUCAACUUGAUAUGAGAUGUUGGAAUAAAGGAGGAUAUUCUUUCUCCUAUAUAAUGUUAUUUUCGAACUA